AUGCGGCCGGCGGCGCUGGCGGGGCGCUGCACGCGCGUGAUCGAGGGAGCACUGCAGUGGGGCAGGACGAGAUGCUCGGCGCACAGCGGGCGCGGGAUUCCGCGCCCCUGCCCGGUCACCACGCACCGUCUACAUACGAGGUCGAUCGAGAGGGCGUGCGGCUGGGAAACGGCCGUGGUUCGCCGACGCGGCGGGGGGACGCUGCGGCGCGAUGUGUGGGUGCGGUCGGUCGCGGGGGCCGCCGACGGCCGGGGGGGGCUCCAGGGUGACGGGCGGGCGAGCGUUGUGUUGCGCGUGGACGGUAUGAAGUGCGGCGGCUGCGUGGCUGCGGUGGAGAGGAGGCUCAUGGGAGUGCCUGGUGUGCACACUGCCGAAGUUAACCUCCUAACAGGGACCGCUGUUGUGCAUCUCGACGCAAGCGCGGUGUCGACGAGCGACCUGGAGUCCAACGGCGUCCCGUCGCCCCAGGUUCAACGGCUGCAGAAGGCGCUCUCCGAAGGCGGGUUCAGCGCGCGAGAGCCGCCGGCGGGCCACGCUGACGGGCCAGCGCAGGGGCCGGCAGAGGCACAGUCGACGCUGGCACAGCAGGCCGCGAGGGAAGCCGCGGAGGCCUCGCGUCGCGCCCUCGUCGCCUUUCCGCUCGCCGUCGCAGCCACGGCGCUGCAUCUGGCCCACGCAGGGCUCCUGCCAGCCGCGUUGGCCACGGGCCUGCACUGUGCCGGACCCUGGUUCGCCGCUGCGCUCGGCGCCACGGCCGUGUUCGGGCCCGGCCGGCAGCUGCUGAUCGACGGCAUCAAGAAGCUCAGGGCGCUGGAGCCAAACAUGAACAGCCUGGUGAUGUGUGGGGCCGUGAGUUCACUUGUGGCGGGCGUGGCACAGCUCCUGCACCCCGCCCUCGGGCUGCCUGCGUGCUACGCUUCGGAGCCCGCGAUGCUGCUCGGGUUCGUCCUCGCCGGGCGCGCCGCCGAGGCUCGCGCGCGCGCUGCGUGCAUGACGGACGUCGGCGCGGUGGCCUCCCUGCUGCCCGCCGACGCGCGCCUGUGCGUCGGCGACCGCACGCUGUCCGUGCGCGCGGCGGGCCUGAAGCCCGGCGACGUCGUGGUCGUCCGCGCGGGCGAGGCCUUCCCCGCCGACGGGGUCGUCGUGAUGGGCAAGUGCUGGGCGCAGGAGGGCGCCUUCACGGGCGAGCCGACGGCCGUGCGGCGCGAGGAGGGCGACAGCGUGAUGGCCGGCGUGACAAACCGGGACGGCAUGGUCCGCGUCCGCGUGACCAAGCCGCCCGCGCAGAGCCUUGCCGCGGGCAUCCUGCGCGAGGUGGAGCGCGCACAGGCGCGCCGGGCGCCGCUGCAGAGCAUCGCGGACAAGAUAGCCGGGCGGUUCUGCGUCGGCGUGAUGGCCACGAGCCUCGCAACGCUGCUGUUCUGGUCCACCGCGGGCGCGACGCUCUUCCCGCAGGUGGUGGCCGGCAACCCCCCCGCGCUGCUCGCUGCGCGCCUGGCCGUCGGCGUGCUCGUCGUGGCGUGUCCGUGCUCGAUGGGCCUCGCGACGCCGACGGCGGUGCUCGUCGCCACCUCGCUCGCGGCCCGGCGCGGCGUGUUGAUCCGUGGCGGCGACGUGCUGGAGCGGCUGGCCAAGGUGGACACGGUGAUGCUGGACAAGACCGGCACGAUCACGCACGGCGAGCUGCGCGUGGAGGACGUCGAGCCGGUGGAGUGCGCGGCCAUGUUUGAGCGCUCGGAGCUGCGCGUGCUGUCGCUGGCGGCCGCGGUGGAGCAGGCGUCGACGCACCCGGCGGCGAAGGCGAUUGUGCAGCAUGCGCGGGAGCGCGAGGUCCACGUGCCGGAGGUGACGAAUGCGGUGACGGUCGCGGGGGAGGGCGCGUACGGCACGGUGGAGGGGCAGCAGGUGUACGUGGGCAGCUUGCGGUGGGUGCGCAAGCAGGCGGGGUACGGCAUCGGCGUGCCCAAGCAAACCACGUCAGAUCAAGUGGAGGUGGCGGUGGCCGUGGAGGGCCUCGGCCUCGUCGGAGUGAUACGCGCGAGGGACACCGUGCGGACGGAGGCGGGUGCGACGGUGGAGGCGCUGCAGGGCAUGGGCAUGCGGACGUGCAUGCUCUCCGGGGACCGGAAGCACCCCGUCAACGCGUGCGCGAAGGUCGUGGGCAUCCACGCGGACGACGCGUUCUGGGGAGUGUCGCCGCUGGGCAAAGCCGGCCUGCUGCGGGCCAUGGCCGCCGAGGAGGAUCACGUGGCGAUGGUUGGCGACGGGCUGAACGACGCUCCGGCGAUGCUGGCGGCGGACGUCGGUGUGGCGGUGCAGGGGGGGCUGGACGCCACGCGCCAGGUGGCGGGAGUGGUGCUCAUGGGCGACAGAAUCAACAGCUUGCCCCUGGCGUUCAGCUUGGCGCGGAGCACGGUGCGAACCAUCAAGCAGAAUCUCGCCUGGUCGCUCGCGUACAACGUGGUGGCGCUGCCGGCGGCGGCAGGCGUGCUGCUGCCCGUCUGCGGCGCCGCGCUCGAGCCCGCCAUCGGCGCAGGGUGCAUGGCGCUCAGCAGCAUCGCGGUUGUGGGCAACUCGCUGCGGCUGCGGUGGACGCACCGGGAGCGACGAGGCACGACCGCCCGCGCACGCCGCUAUAUUUGA